UACUCAAUAUUGCACAAUGGGAGAUGAAGUGGACAUAACCAAUCGAUUCUAUAACAUACAAGGGGACACCGUAAGUGAGCGAAAGAAGUAUUUUUAUGAACUCCUAAAUUCUCUAAAAUCCUGCGAAGAACAUGUUUACAUCACGUUGGAAAAUCUCCAGCCAAGGAAUUACCAAGAAAGUAUCUUUUACGUUGACGCUCUGUUGUACUUCAAAAGGACCAAUCGUUUACUGGAAUUAAUGAAAAGCGGCAACGAGUUGUACACCAGCAAAAUUUUGAAAAACCAGUGGUUUUUCGAACAAACAUUUAAAGAUGUUGAACCAUUCAAUAUCGUUAACGAAUUAUUGCCUUGCUUGUCUUUUUCGAUAAGAAAGAAGUUUAUAUCCAGGUUAAUUCAAUCAUGGGAUUCUAACAGGAUUAAUCAUCUCUUUGACGAACUGGUUAACAAAUAUGGCAUAACGGAAGCUGUAAUUAUAUUACAUAAAUGCACUGAGGAGAAAUUAAGCAAUGUUCUUACUAAUAAUGAAGUAUCAUUGCGCCAAAAUCAGCUGAUAGAUUUAAUUAACACAAACGAAAGAGCUUUCGUAUCGUACAUAGAACAUUUCAACAAUUUAAACGGCCAGAGAUACGAUGAAAGCAAAGUUAUAAAUCACCUGUCGAGAACAAAUACACAACUGUUCAUAAAGUUGCUUAAAAAUAAAAAAAUCUCCCAUCUCCAACUCGGUAGAAGAACCACCAAAACAUUGGUACCCAAAGUAAAGGAAGACUUCCUGGCAAAUAGCGAAUUUUAUUUAAAAUUUGUGAACAGACCGGCUGCUGUUCGAAAGUUAGGUGGAGAUUUCAAGGUGUUGUACCAGAGCACAUUUCCAAGGAACUUCAAAGAUAUCAAUGGUUAUUGCAUUAGCAAUAUUUUGCUAGAAAGCUAUCCCAAAGGCCGAAGAUGGAAUUUAUUUACACAGACGUGCCAAGAAAAGUUUCCUGACAAAAGUUUGAAUGAUAUUCUCUUAUCGUAUAAUAAUUCGGUCAAAAAACUUAAUCCCCCGAAAGAAGUAUUUUUGAAAUGGGCUGAACUUCACUAUCAACAGCAAGAAGGGCAUUUUGAGGAUUUCUUGAAAUAUUACGAACCGAACACGUGCAUUCCAAUGAUUAAGGAAAAAAUCAAUUUGACGAAAGAAAUCAGGCAAAGACAGAUUUUGAUUAAGCUCAUGUUACAAUCAUGCUCUCAAAAUAAAGAUUUAAAUGCGUUAGAGCAAGUUUUAAACUAUUUCUGUUUCAGGCACAGGAACGAAGAUGUAAAUUUCAGGCAAGUUGUAUUACGAUACAUUACGGACAACUUCAAAUUGGAGGAUUUGAAUGAAAAACAUUGGAAAUACAUCAACGAACAAAUCGAAAUACUGAGGCUUCAAAACGCCUUCCAUUUCUUUUCGUUUUCCGAUUUUGUAGAAAAAUACCUGGAAUUUUUGUUCAAGAAUAAGAAAGAUCACAAGGAAGCCCUCGAUCAGUACAUCGAAGAUUUGUCGACGAUGCUUCCGCGAAAAAUAUUGAAUUUGAAUAACCUUCCAAUUGAGCAGGCAAUUUUUAUCGAAAUCGCCAAAAUAGUAUCUAAACAUUUAAACAAGGAUCACGAACAGUCAGUACUCGCUAUUAAAAUGUUUUUUAAUAUCAUCAAAUUCAGUACAAGUCAUCCCAAUUAUCGUAUAGACUUGAACGAAUUUCCAGAUUUUAUCGCGUAUUCGGAAAAAAUGUUCACAACUAAAAAUUUCUCGACGACCAACCAAAAACUCCGUUCAGAACAGUUAAAACUGAUCCUAAAAUUAACUGAAUACUAUUUAGCUUUCCCUGACAGAAAAAUCAUCGUCUCGGAAAAACAAAUUAUCGAUGCCCUCACUAAAGUGUUUGAAUCCGAAACAAGAGUAUUGUUUGUUGGCGACAUUUUCAAAAAAUUCGUAUCGAAAUCCAACCGAAACGCACUCGAAAACGCUUUAAUGACUGCGUACUUCGAUAAAUUGUUCGAAAUGAUUCCCGAUGCGAACGUUGUUAACUGGUUUUUGAAGGAAGAACCUUCAACAAUCGCGCCUUAUUUCGAUAAAAUAUUAACCAAGGUACACAAAGGCUACUUACAAUUAGAUUACAAGCUCGUAAGGCAUUGUUCGCACUUGAAAUUCGACGAAAAAAUAUGCGAUUACUUCACGAACAAAUUGGAAGAGAAGGAAGUUUCUGAGAAGAAGCGAUUAAUUGCCGGUUUGUCUAUGAUGCUUUCAACUGAAGAGUUUAAGAAAAUCAUAGAAGAGAAGUACCUCCCGACUAAGGAUAAGCUCGAUUUGAAGGAUGAAAAUAUGAAAAAUUUGUACCAUUUGCAAUGCGAGAUAGUCAAACUCGCCGGGAACACAUUGGAAGUAUACAAAAUGUUACCCACGAUAAUGAAAUUCUGCAGAGGGGAUUACUUGCAAUCUGCGUUGAGUGCAUUGUACAAAGCUUUCUACAGAUCGCCUGAGAAAUUGCUAUACCCUUACGCUGAAGCUUUAUCAAAAUUAGCAGUUUCUGUGAGGAAACACGCCGUGUUCUUGAGUUGCCAAGUCCUAAGCAAAGAAUACGCGCUGGAAAUCCUAAAACACACGAACGAAACCAACAAAUCCAGCCACAAGCAUCUAUUCUCGGCUACCUUGAAGUACUUCCUCAAAAAUCCCUCCGACGAAUUGCUGGACAAGCUAAUGGAAAACAUGAAGGCUAUCGAUAAGGACGACGCCGAGACUUUGAACAGUUUAGCCUAUCUUACGGUGCCGGUGAAGUACCGCUGCCGGUACUCGGAGAAUUGCUGGAGAUUCUUCGAAGAUCUGGCGCUGAAAGGGCUCAAAGUGCAGGUCUACUUGGAGCAACUCCUGCGCAAGAUGAAAGGCGACAUUGCGGUGUCUCUUACACCCGAAUUUGUCUCGUAUUUAAUCAGUAAAUACUGUUUCGAAGGUGGUUUGAAUCGAGCGAAUGAAUUCGCAAUGGAGAUUCUGGUUAGUCGAGUGUCUGAAAGGGACAGUUUCUUCGCUUUAACGUUCGAGACGCUUUCGAAGAAGAACGUUGGAACAAUCGUGGACUUUUUCCGUUGCUUCUCGGAGAGAAUUCGACAAGAUGGCUUCGACGACCACGAGCUAGCGAAUUUGUUCUGCCAGUAUUGGACGAAAUACUUCAAUAUAGUCGAUUAUCUAAGCGAGCAUAUUGAAUUAAACGUGCGACUCAUUCGACUAAACAAACCGCCCGUUGAUGUUUUCGCCAGUAAAAUCGUAUCCUACGUGGAUACAUUGUUGGCAGACUUCGGUUUCCACGUUUACGAGUUUUUCAAAAACGUUUUUACCGAGGCAAUUGUUGAUUUAAACGGGCCGGAAUAUUAUGAAUUGAUGCUGGGUAUUUUGAAGUGUAAAUUAAAUCCGACGACUUGCAUUUUAGUCUUAGAUUGUCUGAGUGACUCGGAUUCGCUUAAAGCUCCGAGAAUCCACUAUCAAAACGUACUGGACGCUAUUGAUGGCCUCGACAGCCUUAUUGUUAAAGCCCAUAAAAAGGCUUAUUUGAGGAAUCACAAUUUUUGAUAACUUAUGUACUUUUGUUAUUGUCGUAUCUAAACAUAUUUUUUUAAGUAUAUUGAAUUGUUAACGUUUAUAUAUUAAACAUUAAACCGAUAGAAGCGUUAUUA